AUGCUUGCUCCGCUCUCCCUGCUGAGCUCAAGGGUCUCCGACACGUACGCUGCCGCUUCGUACAACUCGACUUUGCUCGAUCCAUCAUACACUCGUCUCCCGACCGGAGCCGUGAAGCCUCUUGGAUGGGCGCUGGACAUGGCCCAUGUACAGGCGAACGCGCUGGAAUACAGCGAAAUGCAGGAGGCCGCGCCUUACUGGUAUAACGGAUGGGUCGCACUCGCUUACCAGCUUCAGAACGAGACGCUCCUCAACUACACGUCGACGUUCCUCGACUACGUGCUUGACUCGCAGGAGCCAUACAUGAUCAUGCUGGGGCUCAUUCAACACGCCGAAGCAGACCCGAGCCAGGCAACCGCCAUCAACGAUCUCAUGCACAACUUCGUCUCCUAUGCCGCGGAACGCUUCGCGUCUGGCGAUCUCGGGACGGAAGACCUCGGCGAGCAAUACGGCUACCAGGAAGUCAGAUGGGAGGAGCUCGUGCUCGUGCUGCAAUGGCUAUACGACAACGACCCGCGCGGAGAAGAAGCGCAGCUGAUUUCGCUCAUGACGGCCGCGCGCGAGCAGGGUUUCUCGUGGAAGGACGACUUCUACCGGUGUCCGCGGCGGACUCUGGCAUGCACAAGCUCACGCGUGAACGCUAGCCACGGCGUCAACGUUGGAGAAUCACUCAAGUCGGAAGCGUUGGCUUGGCGUGUGACCGGCGAGCAGAGCGACGUCGACAGCACGUACGACCGCAUUGGCAUGCUCACGGACGAACAUCUGGCAGGCCUCGAUCCGUCCAGAGGUUCGGAGUACUGUACAAGCGUGGAGACGAUGUUCUCCCUGGAAAUGAUCUAUGCGACCCUCGGCAAUCCCGAGUGGGCGGACCUUACCGAGAAGAUCGCAUAUAACUCCCUGCCUGCUCAGAGUACUCCGGACUGGUGGGGACACCAGUAUCUUCAACAGACGAACCAGAUCUGGGCGUGGGCUACGGACGGGCCCUACAGCAAUGUGAUGGGGAUGGAGCCGAACUACCCUUGCUGCACCGUCAACCAUCCGCAAGGGUGGCCAAAGUUCUGGGCGAACAGCUUCCUGCUCGCUGAUAACGGGACCUCGCUCGUGCACGCGCUUCUCGGGCCCGCGACCGUCUCCACAGCUCUUGCGAUGGCACAAGUACCAGCGCGAUGCGUCCCAGUUACGGUCGACACGCUGUAUCCAUUUGGCCCGGCGCUCUCCUACAACAUUACCUCAACGGCACCCUUCACCGGCAGCAGCAUCAGCGUCAACGGCUCGCCUGCCUCCCCGCUCUCCCCAGACCCCAGCUCCGCUCUGCAGAGCGUGUCCGUCGACACGGGCGAAACGACAGUAGCGCUGUACCUUGACAUGCAGACCCAGAUCGAGGAGGGUCCGAACGGGAGCAUCGCCAUACAUCGCGGACCGCUUUUCUACGCCGUUGACCUGGCAUACAAUGACACCGAGACGGAAGCGCUGAGGUGA